AUGGCGGUGAAGGGGAAUGAUUUAGUGCCUCAUGAGAUUGAAUCUGUUUUGCUGAAGAAGUUUGGAGAAACUUUCACGAGAGGAGCCUUGAUGUGGUAUUCACUGUUACCCAAGGAUUUCAUAAAUUCCUUUGAGAUGCUCGCGGAUUCUUUUAUUAAGGCUCAUGCCGGGGCCAGAAAGGUGCAGGCCCGAGAGGACGACAUAUUCAGAAUUGCACAUGGAGAAUUUGAGUUUCUGCGAGAGUUCGUUACCCGGUUCCAAAAGGAGAGGAUGUUGCUCCCGGAUGUUCCAGAUGAAUGGGCGGCUGAAGCAUUCACCAAAGGACUGAAUUCGAGAAGUUUAGACACUUUCCGAAAACUGAAGGAAAUUUUUCUUAAGUUCCAAGAAACUACUAGGGCGGAUGUACACAAUGGCCGCAGCAGAGGUUUCCGGUUAGUAGAUAGAUUCGCUACCGAUAGAAGGUCUUGUCACGGUCGGAAUAAUAGAUCGUUGCAGGACAAGGAAGCGUCAGGUAUGUGGGAUCCUUCCUACCCCAAGCUUUCAAAACACAAUUUCAAUUUCAGCGUAGUAGAGAUAGUAUCGGCUAUGGGAAACAUCAAAGAAGCACGAUUUUCGAAGCCGAUGAGAUCUGAUCCCAUCCAGAGUGAUCCCAACUUGUGCUGUGAAUACCACGGGAUGAAUGGACACCGGACUGGGGACUUUCGACAUCUCCGGGAAGAAGUGGAGACACUAUUAAAGAACGGUCAUCUCAGAGAAUUUUUGAGUGACCAGGCUAAGAAAAAUUAUGGUCGCAACCGAGAUAACGCCUCGACAGCGGGGGAAGAUCCCCACGCCAGACGAUCAACAUAA